AUGGAAAGCAGAGAGGAGAUGGUGAUGCUGGCAGAGGGAGGUCAGCUGAGCAAGAGCGGCUCUAAUUUACCGGAAGCUAUCGGGAGCACCGAGCAGGGGAAGCCGGGCCACAGGAGCUGUCUGAGCCCCGGUGUUGCGCCUUACUCCUCCCGGGACAGGACGGAGAUGAUGGUGGAGGAGAGCGCACGGAGGAAUCUGUGCGCAGACAUGAGGCCGGUUGGCACGUCUUCAUCCGGGGAGAGGAACCGGAGCGAACAUCUGCACAAAGAAGGCAGCAGCUCAGACACCGAGUCGGACUUCUACGAGGAGAUUGACGUGAGCUGCACGCCUGAAAGCAUGGACUACCCGACUGCUAAAGGGCGGAAUGGGGAUUCUCCAGGUAACCCCAUCGAAACUGGAUCUGACCCGGGUAAAAUGGUCCCAGGUCAGGGCUCUCUCUCCUACUCAGCAGAUCAGAUUCGUCGGUACCGGACAGCCUUUACCCGGGAGCAGAUCGCCCGGCUGGAGAAGGAGUUUUACCGGGAGAACUACGUGUCCAGGCCGCGGAGAUGCGAGCUGGCGGCCGCUUUAAAUCUACCUGAAACUACAAUCAAGGUGUGGUUUCAGAACCGCAGGAUGAAAGACAAGCGCCAGCGUCUGGCCAUGACGUGGCCUCACCCUGCGGACCCGGCCUUCUACACCUACAUGAUGAGCCACGCCGCAGCUACGGGGAACCUGCCCUAUCCUUUCCCUUCCCACCUGCCGCUGCCUUACUACUCCCACCUGGGCGUCGGAGCUGGCUCUGCUCCGGCUGCCACCCCUUUCUCCAACCCGCUGCGCUCCCUGGACAGUUUCCGGAUGCUGUCUCACCCUUACCAGAGGCCGGAGCUGCUGUGCGCCUUCAGACACCCCUCCCUGUACCCAGGACCUCCUCACGGCCUCGGUCCUGGAGGAAGCCCGUGCUCGUGCUUGGCCUGUCACUCCAGUCAAUCUAAUGGUAUCUCAACUAGGCCAGCUGGAUCGGACUUUGCGUGCUCUCCAACCAGCAGAACUGACGCUUUUGUCACUUUUACGCCCUCGGUGCUCAGUAAAUCGUCAUCUGUGACGUUAGACCAGAGGGAGGAAGUGCCUCUGACCAGAUAA